GGCUCCUCCGCAGUGACACCGGCCAGGUGGAGGGCUUCAGCCCUGACAGUGGACUCCGGGGCCCCAGCAAGCCCCCUCCCCAAAUUUGAGCAGGACCGGACGGGAGUUGUCCCUGGGAGGGAGAGCCCUCUCCCCACCGGCCCUGGAAGGGCCCUGGGGACCCUGGGUCGCCCCCCACCUCCCCCAUCCCUUAGCCCCCAGCUGGGCCGGGGUCUCCCGACCCUCUUCCCACUUCCCUCCGGCCGGAGCCCCCCUCCCCAGCUCCGGCUGGCAUGGAGGGGCCGGCGGAGCCCGCGGCCCCCGACCUGCGGGACGUGGAAAGCAAGGUGGGCAGGAAGAUGCCCGAGGGCCUGCUGAGGGGGCUGCGGGAGGCAGAACCCACCGCUCUGCCCCUCCGGAGCUGCGGGGAGACCCGGGGCCUAGGGGGAGGGCCAGCCGCCGCCCCCUCCCCCGCGCUGGGGGACAAAAUCAACGCGCUCAAGCUGGAGUUGGCCUACCUGCGGGCUACGGAUGUGAAAAUUCUGCAGCAGCUGCUGGCGGUCAACGAGGGCAUCGAGGCGGUUCGCUGGCUGCUGGAGGAGAAGGGAACCCUGACCAGCCACUGCAGUAGCCUGGCCAGCAGUCAGUACAGCCUCUCGGGCAGCCAGGAGGCCUCCCGCCGGGGCAGUUGGGACAGCGCCCAGGACCCCACCGACAGGCUGGACAGUGUCUCCAUCGGCAGCUACCUGGACACCCUGGCCAGCGAGCCGGACGACGAGCGCGCCCAAGAGCCCCUCCUGUCCUCCACGCCCUGCCGGCCGGGGCCACCCCUGUCCUCCUCCCUGUCCCCUCCCCGGGCCGAGCUGGACUGGGCCCCGUUCGGGAGGGGACCCCGGGCCGAGCCGGAGAAGGCAGAGCCCACGCGGCUCAGGACCAGCCCAGUGGGCCCGGUCAGGGUGGGCCACAGGGGGCCGGGGCUGGAGGUGGCAGGGGAGGCCCCCCGGGGGGAGAAGGCCCGCCGAGGGGAGCCCGAGCAUGGGAGGGUGAGGCUGGGGUUCGACGCCCAUCUGUAUUGGGUCCAGUCUCAGGACGACGUGACCUUCUUGUAAUAGACCCUGGGGAGGGGGGGCUGGGGUUCACGGGUCCCUAUCCCCAGCUCUACCCUUCCUCCUUCCUCAUUCUGCUCCCCGCUUCCCCCCAGCUUGUUAUCCAGGCCGCCUGGUGCGUGCCUCACCCCUGGGGAUCAGUGUAGGGGGUCAGGACUCCCCAGGAUGCAUGGAACCCCCCCCCCCAAUUCCCUCCUGCAUCUGCCCCCCAGGUCUUCCCCAACGCCCCCCGCCCUCUGGGAUCUUCUCAAAACAGGGUCUGAGCCCUGAGAAGAAUUUAGGGUCCUUCACGCCUUGUUUCCAAAACAUCCAGCUUCCCCCCAUUUCAUUCCCCACCAUGCUUGACCUUCUCUCUCCUCUUGUGGGGGGAAGCUAGGUGUUUUGGGGAUCCCAUCCCCUUGUCUUACUGCCUCACCCAUAUUGAGAGGUGAUCUGGAGGCUGGAUGGCCCCCAACAAGGGCACAGUCCCCACUGCCGUUCUCUCAGCGCUUAAUCCAUUUGAGCGACAGGAAGGUGGGACUUGUGUGAGGCACUCCCAGCUCCUCUGGUAGGUCUAGCCUUUUCCUUGGGAGAAAGACGCAGGUUGACAGCUUCAGCAGUGGGAAUCAUCCCAGCAGAGCCAACUCCGGACUGGGCUGUGGGGAGCAGGCCACGGGAUGGCCCUCCCAAGACUUCCGCUCCCUCCUACCUCCACCUCUGCCCCCAUUUCUUCUAUUGUGCCUGUCUUGCAGAGGGGCUGGGGCAGCGGGGGAGAACCGAGGGAGGACCCGGUUGAUUGAAAGGGGAGUUCAGAUCGAGUAUCUCCUCAGAGAAGGAGAGCAAGACUGUGGGCCACGAAGGGUCAUGAAGCCCAAGGGCCUUGGUACUUGAAUGGAUAGCCAGAACUAGGGGGCUGGUUCCCCGAGACAAGAGAGGAGCUGGGGAAAGGGAAAAAGAUAGUUUGGGUCAGGGAGGGCCUCAUUUCCCAUGGGCAGUGACCUCACUUCCCGUUGGCAGUGACCUUACUUUCUGUGAUGGGAUUUCAUUUCCUGCUGGCAGGGAACCUCGUUAUGUCACAUAGUAAGUGCUUAACAAAUACCAUCAUUAUUAUUAUUCUUUUUGGUGGGUUUUCACUGCCUCUUGGUGACGACCUCACCUCCUGUUGAUAAUGACCUCACUUUCUGUUGGUGGGCCCUCAGUCCCCUUGAUGGUGACCUCACUUAAUUUUGGCCCUUGCAUGGAGUGGGGUCCUCCUGAUUUCCCAUCCUCUCCCGUCCUAGACGGGUGCCUGGACACCUGAGUCUGAGCUAGAGGAGAACCUGGAAGUCUCUGGCAUGACUGAGUCAGUCAGACCUGGCCCGCCUCCUCCCCUCCCUGGUCUCCAGCUGUUCCCCUGAGCGCACCUUGGGGUCUGAGGCCCUCACGCCUUGCCGUGGCCACCCCCUCGCUCUCCCCCAUCCCAGUGCAUGCGUUUGAGCCUUUGGGGAGGAGGGGCUCUGCCAGGUGGGGGGAGUUGGAGGGCACACAAGGGGCCAGGGACACGGUUCAAUAAACCUCUUUGCCGCCUGAGCCAUCUCUGUGUGCCAACAAGGACGCCCGGGCAUCAUCUCCCUUUGUCUCUGGGCCGCUGACCCGCUUCCUUUCUCUCUGUCCCCUCUUGGUCUCGGGGGUCUCUAUCUCCCUGCCCCCUCUGCCUCACCUGUGUUUGCUGUGUGCCUGGUGCCCAGGCCCUCUGAUGCCAGGGUGGGUACUAUGGGCAGAGGUUGGGGUCCGUGAGGCCCCUCCAUUCUGGAUGGAGCACAGAGCUUGGGAUGGGGUCAUUCCUGGGUCUGAAUGAAGAGUGACUGGCGAGGGAUUGAGGGUUCCAGGGAGGUGGUGGAGGGGCAGGGGUCCUGACCAUCCCCGCUCCACAAGCUCUUCCCUAGGCUCUCCUUCCUCCAGUUUUCACUGUGGUCCUCCUCUCCUAACCUUUCUCCUUGGCCCCCUUUCCGCCCCACUGGUCCCCCCCAUCCCACCCUCUCCUCUGAGGGCUGGAGGGGACAUCUCCAAUUGUCCUUGGGGGAACUGAACCCCUUCCUGCUACCUAAUCCCCUCAUUCCCUGCCCCCGCCCCCAACCCCAAUCAGGGGAGGAAGGGGACAGCUCCUGGGAGCUCGGGAUGAGGAGAAGGAAGAGGGAAGAAGGGGAGCCGGGGACUGACAGGGAGCAACAGAGACGGUUUUCUCCAUUUUAUGGGUGGGAAGACUGGGGACCAGAGGGGGUAAUGAUUCACCCCGAGACACACAGCAGAGUCAGAACUGGAAUGCAGGAGUCCUGGCACCCAGCCCGGGGCUUUGUCCACCUCCCUCGUUCAUUCAUUCAUUCAU